AUGACCGACCCUGCUCUCAUGAACCACAUCGUCUCGCGUCUUGAGGCCGACAUCAACUUCCUUGUCUCUCAGAACCAAAUCUCUCAUGCAGACGCCGCAGCAUUCCUCCAGAAGCUCCCGUCGAGCUCCAAUGCGCCUGCAAUGUCAAUGCCGACCCCUGCUCACACACCAUCGCCUUACCAGGCCCCUGUGACGAUGCAAGGCCGUGCUAUCUGGCCCUACAACGAAAAUGGUCAAGAAGGAGACGAUCUCUCGUUCAGCAAAGGAGAUAUCAUCGAAAUAGUCAAGGAGGAGAAUGCAGACUGGUGGUUGGGCAGGCAUAACGGGAAAGAAGCACUCUUCCCCAGCGCUUAUGUCGAAAAGAUUGCCUCGGCACCCCAACCCCCGGCGCGCAAUGUUCCUCCCGUCUCUAAGAAGCCUUAUAAGCCAUUUAUGGCCGCGCAUCACGGCCGAGAUGCCCCUCCCCCUCAGAACAUAGCGCCAACUGGACCGACCAACUCGAUUGGCCUCCAGCAAGACGUCCAGGGCCAACAGGAGAAGAAGAGCAAGUACGGAAAAUACGGCGAAACUGUUAGAGCCUUUCUUCUCUCCUCAUUGCUACGUAUUCUCAAUACUUCCCUCCAGAUGGCUCAUUCAGCGGCUGGUGGUGUUGGCUUUGGCGCUGGCGCGGCGAUUGGAGGUGGUCUAGUCCGUGCUAUCUUCUAA